GUAAAAUUGUAGAUUUUAGUAUCGUAUCACUUCUUGUGCUGUUAACAUCGUCCGUUAACGGCGGCAGUUGGCGGUGAAUAUCAAGCGCAUUGGAGAUGAAAAUACGUAUUUUAGAGAGCCGUGUCCACAGUGCUCAGUACAAAAUGUGUUGAUAUUUAAACAACAGGGGCGAAUAAAAAAACACACACACACACACGAAAAGAAGAAAAGAAAAUAUUAAAUACAAAGUGCCACUUUAUCUUUGCAAUGUAAAUAUUUGAAAAAAUAAAAAAAAAAAUUAAUAGAAAAAAAGAAGAAAAAAAACGGAAAAUUUUAUUCGCAAAGUGCUAUUGAAAAUUUUCCAAAGUGUUGAUAUAUUCUAGAACAGUAAAAACACCGUUUAAUUCUGUUUGUUUGCCGACAUUGGACAAAUUGAUUAAUUGCAAAGAAAAAAAAAAACGAACAAUAUUUCAAAAAUUUUCUAAACUGUUACAUUCAGACCAAAUGCACGGCCGCUGCCGAAAAUCAUCCCCCCAGUGAAAUAUGAGUUUGAAUCGCGACAAGAAAAAAAAUCGGUUGGUUCGUCUAAAACUAAGCAAAAUUGAUACCCUGUUAAGGGUAUCAUACAAAUGUUCCGCAUAAAGCUCCAACGUAAAUUCAUCAACCAGGUUAAUAUCACCUGUGAAUUUUUCGUCUUUUUUUAAAGUUCAUUUUGACGCUCAGAAUAUUCGGCAGUUAAAUGAAAAUAAAUAUAAAAAAGAGUUUCAUGCAUCCUUUCUGCAGUGCAGUUUGAGAAAAGCAGUUAUUUUCAUGAAAAGAAAUCAUAUUUCAUCAUUCAAGGAUCCUCCAGCUAAGUCAGUUGACUCAGGUGCAUCGGCAACAAUUCAAACUCAACGAGCGACAACUUCUUUCCCCAGAUUUUUUUUUAUUAUCAUUGUGAUCCGAGAAAAUAUUAUAUUUAAAUAGAAAUCACAUCCGGAAGGCUUUUUAAAGUAUCUGAAGAGAGUUCGGUUACCGGUUACCGUUUUUCGUUGAAGAGAGAGAAUCCUUGCACUCAGUAAAAAAAAAUACAACUCGUAAAAGCCAUUUAGAUCGUGUGUUUGCAUUAAAAACUGACUAUCCGAAGAACGUUUUGUUUAGUAAAUCUUUCCUCGAAUUCUGAACUAGUGCUAAUUUGCACGGAAAGAAAUUUAAACUGUUUCUUCAAAGUUAAAAACGAUCUUUUCUGUGUGAACGUGAUGAGGAAAUAAUUGUGAACGGAAAAAUAUUGCGUGGAAAAUCGGAAAUAACGUGAAAAUGAGGAUUAAAUGUGAAUGUGUGCGAUCGAAUUAAAAACUGAAACUGAAACGAAGAAGAAGAAUUUUUUUAAACGAAAGUAAAAAAGAAGAAAAUUUUAACACACGAAAGAGUUUUUCCAAAACUUGAAGAAAAAAAAAAGCAACAACAAGAAACAACAAUCGAUUGCUCUGUGAAGUGGUUGAAAACGAUUCGAAAAAAAAAAUCGAUAAACGAAAAGAAGAAAACAAAAAGUUUCAUAUGCAAAACAUAAGUGAGAAUAUUGUUCGUGCAAGCUUCAUUGGCAUUGGUGUACAUGGGACAAUAACCGAAUGUGACGUUACAUACAGAGCAAAUGGGUACAAUGAGGCCAAUUAAAUACGAUGAUACCACAGCUUACCGUCUAUACCAAGAUUUUGUACCUCCUGAUGGUGGUGAUUGCGGGAUCACUUUGCAGCCGAGAACAGGUCCAUUUAUAUUCAAAAUGUGCAAACAGGUUUGUUGGGAUACACGAAGGAAAAGUUGUAGCCAACGACGAUCCAGUGACUUCACAAACAAUUUCGAUAUCGGAUCAAAUAUCGAAAGGUAUAAUUUUUGCUCCGCUAAAACUAACCCUCUUCAUCGAAGAAGUCAAGAUGUAUUUAUGCUUCAACAAAAGAUGGCGUCUUGUUCCGUCGAAAAAGCUUCACGAAUACUGCUAUUUUUCCGAACACAUGGAAGAAGGUUAUCAUCGCUUCAAAUCGGUAACCGAUGACACUAAACACAUCGGAUUCACGGCAACUGGUCGUCAAAUGGCAUUUCGUAAUCGUACUAUACAUAAUGAGAAUUGCUACAGUUUUACCAAAAUAACACCGAAACAAUUGAAAGCGUCAAAAGCGGCGGCGGCGGAAACGACGGCCACCGUCAGUUCAACAGCAUUCGCCAAACCAAAGGUAGCACACACCUCAUUGAAUGGUAUGUCGACGGGUGAAACACAGCAUCGUCAUCAUCAAAAUCAUCACCUACAUCGGCAACAGCAGCCACAGCAGCGGCAUAAACAGCACCACCAACAUCAGCAACAGCAGCAGCAGCACAAGAAGCAGCCGCAUCAAAGUCAUCACAAAUCAGCACGGAAAACGCCAUCAAUACCAAAACUUCAAAGUUAUAACAAUAACAAUAGAAAUGCAACUAAUAGAAACUUAAUUAACAAUAACAGAGUGGCCAGCAGUAAUUUGAGCACUCUGACGCCGCGCACUAACAGUAAGAACAUCAACAACAACAACAAUAACAGCAGCAACCGUAGUAGCUUUAGAGAUAUAUCGAGUAGUAAUACAAGCGUGACCACAUCUGAUGGUUUGGCUUCAAGUAAUUCUAAUGGAUACAAUAUUAGUGAUAGAUACGGGAACAGAAGUAGCAUCAGCGAACGCAUAAGCAACUCUAGUAUUAUUAGUAGCGUGAAUAGAACUAAUAAGAAUAAGACGCAAAUAAAUUUAAGCCAUAAACAUCAUCUUCGACAUCGUCAUUCGCAAACAAAACCGCAAACAAAACAUCAAUUACCAUUUCAUGUUCAAUCGCAACAGCAAUCAUCAUCGUCGUCCACAGUCAAAAAUUUUCACAACUUUCAAAGUGAUCAAAGUGAACAGCAGCGACAGCAACAGCAACAGCAACAGCAUCCGCAGCAACAACACAAGCCGGACAUCUUUGAGCAAGAGCAAGAACAAGAGCAGCGAAAUCGAAACGAACGAAAAGUGGUCUCAUUUCACGAUAAUAUUGACAGUGUUCGUCGUAGUCAUAUUAAUCACCGUAGUCCUCACAACAGUCAUAGUUUUCAUUAUUUGCAAAAGAAUGUGGAUUUGGUGGUGCCAAACGAAACGGCCGCGGCAGUUGCCAACGAUCGACAACGUCUAACUAUGGCGGCGUCAUCAGCAGCCAAGCCAAGCGCUUUGGAUGUGCCGCACAAAAAGGACUUUCGUACCAAAAAGAAAUCACAUCUCGAUAAGCAUUCGCUGGUGGGUGGCACACCACCGAAAUUGAACGAUCCAUAUCUGCAUCAUCGGCAUCGUCAUCAUCAUGGUGACCAUCAACCGCCGAAAACAAUUGACCAACAGUCACUAACAUUGCCACAUUAUCUCGAUAAAAUGGCAUCGACCAAAAAGACCAAACGCAUUCACCACCACCAGCAACAACAUCACAAUCGACCACAAGAGGAGGAUAUCGUUUAAUCCUCCACAUUCAGUUAAACUGAGCAGAAAAUCCGAGGCGAUUAAUACGCUCCUUCCUCUCGUCUUUUUGUGGUUUUUGUCUCUUUUUCGAUCGAUGCUCGCUUCGUUUUCGGCUCAAUCCCACCAAAAAAAAUAAAAAAAAAAAUAAAGAAGACAAAACAAAAACAUUUGCAUUUUUUGCAAAGAACCUUUUUAUUUUGACCGUAAAGAAAACUUAAACGAAAAGCAAACAAAACUGAUGAUAAGAGAAAAGCUCGUUCGAAAUCAAUGUCCAUCUAAGUUUAACUUAUAUAAAUCGUUCUUUUUUUCGCUGUAAAAUUAAAAGAGAAAAAGAAAAUAACACACACAAAAAAAAACACACACACACACACCUAGUUACACUCUCUCGCUGGUUAGUCUAGUUUUUAGGUAGUACUGCUCACUCACUCUUUAUUUAUUAGUUACUACAUAAAAUAUGACAAUGUCCAUUUCAAUAUAUUUCCAGUGUAUGUAAACAUUUUAUUUUUUUGCGCUUAAGAUUUUUAAUAAUUUCGAUUUCAACAAUAUUUUUUUUUUAUUUAUUUUACCACAAAUGUAUUUCGACUGCGUUUUUUGUUGUUGUUCUUUCGUUUGUCUCUAAAAAAAAAAAAAAACGAACUAAAUACUUAUUUUUUUGAACAAAUGAUUGAAAUUGUAUGCAUCAUCGAUGUGCAUCGCGAACAGUAUUUCAAUUUUAAUUACUUUUUGCACCGAUUCAAAGAGAUAAUUAAAACAAAUAACAAAAAAUAUGUGUAUAAAUUUUUUUUUUUUCGAUAACAAUUUCUGCUCGAAAAUUUGACCAUUGUAUGCAAGAAUAUUCAAUGUUUCGAAUAUUCUUUUUUACAACACACAAACACAGACACGAUCCAAACGCCAUUAUAUAAAAGAAAAACAAAAACGACAUCGAUUUGCAGUACAAUUCUUUUUAGCAUAUAUUUACACCAAAGAUUUACAUUCGUUACCCAUUCUGUUGUUUCAAUAAAUGAGAAAACUAAAAAAAUGAAUAAACAGUGUCUGAAAUAGUUGGGCUGUCACGUUGGUUGGAAUCGCAUUUUGGCCAUGCUGGGAGGUGAUCAAAUGGAAGGAAAGGCGAAAAGGAGAGACACAAUAGGUGAUUCAUCUAAUAGGUGAAUCAAGAGGCAAUUUAGAUCCAACAAUUGUCCAAAACUAUAAAUCGCGAAUCUUUCUACCCAAAUAAAGUUGAAGAAUUAGAAUUUCAAUUGAAUAGACUCUUAUCAUUCGCGUGCAGAUCACCUGGUCUGUUGUCACAUCAAUACCUUCCAAUGAGCCUCCCUUUGUAUAACCAUUGCACCGAGCCUCCUCCUAAAAUCUGCCAUUGAUUCGCAAUGGACUUACAUCACAACGCGCGAUUUCAAAACCAAAUAUUGUUGUACCAGAAAACACUAUGGCACCUGCUAUUCACCAUCUCUCCAUUCAUUUUCGUAUACCGAUCCCAUAACCCCUUCGAUUGCUUCAAUUUCGAUGAUAUAAAUUGAUUCUGGUCAAAAAUCAAUUUGAAAUUGAAAGACAAAAAAAAACAAUUGAUCAGGAAAACCAAAAUUCUUAGCAAGAAAAUUGAGCACAAACGGAUGAAUCAUCUUGGUUACAUUUUGUUUGAAGAAAUUCCUCAUUUUCACCGCCUCAGAGCUCUAGAUAGGAUGUGAGUGGUACACAGUAUUAGAAUUUAUAAAAGCGCAUUCAAGCUUCAUCAUAUUUUCUUUUUCGUCAUUCAUAUUCACAAUCCAUAUUAACUGAACAUCUUUCAACUCAUGAACGUUUCGAUAUCAAUAACGAAGUAUGAUUUAAAAGGAUUUUCGAUUAAAUAAUUUUGUUCUUUGCAAAAAGUCAUAUUUUUUUUUAAAAGUAAUUUGUCACUUUUUCGGAAAUGAACACAAAAAGAAAAAAGGUGAAAACUCAUGAGUUGAGCACAUUUGCCUGUUCUUGACUAUCAAUUGCUAUUGCGUAUUUGAGCGAAAUGUGAAUCUUAAUUUCAUUUAAUUCGAAAAUCCAUUUUAACUGUCUACUUUGUUGGGUAUUCAUUAUUCAAUCGUUGAAUGCACCGAAUCUCACGAAAGGCGAAUAUUUUGAUAAUGAAUUUUUUUUUUAUUUCACGAAACAAACAAAAACCGAAACAAAACCAAGAAACUAGAGCAAUUUUGCAGCUGAAAUAGAGCACAACACACAAACACACUAGAGAUUUGCGUGGACCAUGAAGAAUAUAGUUUCUUAACAACAUCCUUUAGAAAUAAUGAAUUAACUAUUGUAUCAGUCGAUAAAAGGAGAAUCAGGUUCCUUUUGUACUUAAUAGAAAAAUAUAAAUAAAAACACAACAAGCAGAGAAAAAUACAGUAAAAAAGAAGAAGAAAAAGAAGACGGCGACGACGAAAAGUAUGGUUUUACAUACGUUUUACGCGAUUGAAACUCAAUAAUGAAAAACACAAAAUAGCAGAUAUGUUCGCGCGAACCACGUUUCGAAAGCAGUUUAUCAACAUACACAUACACACACACAGCACUUUAUAUAAUUUGCUGUGAAAUCAUUAUUGUUUUCUAUUUCUCUCUAAUUGAAAGAACUGAAUACACAAUAAAUGACAAUUUUUCCCGUUUUGAAAAAAAAAAAAAAGAAAAAUCGCUGAACAAAAUCAACGAUUCAUCGUUUAACAAUCAAAUUUGACUCGAAUACUUCGAUGGUAUUUUUUGAAUGAAUUUUUUUUUUCAAUCGAAAAUGACUGACUGUUUUUCACUUCGUCUUUCGUCACAUAAUAUCAUAUUAUUACUAUGUAAUAUGCAGAUGGAUUCUCAAAAAAUAUUUCUUGUUUUUUUUUCUGUUGUAAUAAUCAAUGUUUAGCUCAGUUUGAUUCUUCCUAUUUAACGAAACAAAAACAAAUGCUUUUUUCUUCAUGCAUUCAUCACUUAAUGAACACUUUCACUGUUUUUUUUUUUCAUUCUGAAUCAGCCGCCGACCAACACCGUUUAAACAACAACAAAAAAAACAAAUAAAAGAGAAGACAAAAGAGGGAAAAAAUCAUUGUGCCAUAUUUAUGAAUAGGAACUUUUGAGCCAAUACUGUUUUUUAUAAAACUAAUUUUUUUCGCACUGAAUUGAGACGCAUAGAAAAAGGAAAGAAAAAACUGAGAAACAGAAUUUAACACGAAAAAAAAAAUACGAAAGAACGGCCAAGCAUGCGACUCGAUUCAGAGAGCUGCCCUCACAAAAUUAUGAGCGAGAAAAACAAGAAACAUACACAAACGUUUUAGUCAAGCAAAUUAAAAACUAAACGAAGAAAACACACGCUUUGAAAGUUUAAGACAAAAAAACAACAACCUAAUAAUAAUAAACCGAACGAAACGAAAUGAAAACGUAAAGGAAAUGGAAAAGAAGAAAAAAACAUGAGCAUAGAAUAGAUGUAAAACAGCAACAAAAAACAUAUUUGUAAAACAAUAUACCUAGUUCAACGUAGCUGUAAUCCAUAAAUGAAGUACUAAUAAUAAUAAUGGAAAAAAAAAUGGAGAAAAUGAAAUAAAAAACGUAUGUUAAGCAAAAAGUUGAGAGCACAAAUCAUAAUAACAUUGAAUAAAAUAUAUCGAUAUUUCGCAGAAUUUUUUCCGUUCUAUUUUCUUUUUUGUUUCUUACCAAUUGCCUCUUUGCCCUUUUCUCAUUUAACGAAAUGCGAUUCGAGUUGAUUGACCUGCUGAUUAGCAACCGAAAUGAUUAGGAGUAUAGAAAAAAAAAUCAACAUGAUUGGUGGGAAAUGGGCAUGGAUGCAUGCCGUGCGGAUGUGAUCCACGAAAUUUGAGUGAUCAAUUUGACGAAGCCGAACAUUUCAAAAAAGGAUUUAGAAGCUGGCACAUUCCAGACACUAGCUUCUGACUCUUCUAAACACUUUUUGUCGUAUAAUUCUCUUUGAUUGAUAUCUCUAUUUUGAAGAUGUCUCGUUUGGAAACAUUUUGACUGAGCAACAAAUCAUUUAUAUUGGGAUAUAGUCGACUGGCUUAAAUUAUCCAAUACAAAAACAACGAAAACAGUUAACUGAAAACGCAAGGUGACAUCCUAAAUUAAGCGAUUGGCUACAAUUUAAUCGUAACCGACUAUUUUUCAUACAAAUCAUCUACUCAGUUAACAAAAGUUGCUUAUUAGUUAAUUUCAGUUACAGUUAGUCAGUCAUUUGUUUUGCACACGACAUCCUUCCUGGGAAUUGUUAAGUUCAUGCUUCUCUCUUUCGAAAUGUUAGAGAAUACAGAUAACUUAAGCUCAUUGCUGCAAAAAAUCCUAUACAUACUUGUAAUGGCUAAGCGUUCAUUUUGCUCUCAAAUCAAACAACAGUUCAAACAAAAUUUUAUUGUGGACAUCGUUAAAAUAAAAGAAGACGUUCCAAAGAACAAAAAUCAUUUCUUCUCUUGGUUAUCAACAUGUUUUCUAUUUGAUCAGCUUCUACAGUUUUUGACUAUCAAUGGCCAAUUCUCUACUGCCAGCUAAUUUUAAAUUUGCAUUUUUUCAUGCAUGUGCUCAUAUCAGAUCUUUUUAUUUUUGAUCGCAGCCUCUCUGAUCGUCUGUACAAACAGAUAGGAAACGUCAAGCAAGAAAAAAUGAAGCGGCACCUGGAGACUGGUUGGAGAAAUAGAGAAUCAUGCAUAUAGUUUGCUAUAACAAGUACGAGUCUGUGUUAGUUCGAACGUUGAAGUAUGACACAUUGCACUUAGUCUCCAGGUGGCGCUGUAUUGUUCACUACUUUCAUGAUCAGAAAGGCUGAUUAAUCGGUACCAAUUGCAUUCCUUUACUCUUCAUAUCAUUCUUCAUUAUCUUUACUCAGAUUUGGUCUUCAAAACAUUGGUUCAGAUCAUCUGCAAGAGCCUAAGAAGAGAUUCAAAGACAACAAAAUUUCUGAUUCAUUUGAAAGAAAAAAAAUUGAAUAAAAAUCAAAAUGCGAAAAUCUUAAAUUCAUUUAGAAGGAAGAAAAUGUGCAGGAAACACUUAAUUUUCAAAUUCCAUUAAUAACAUUUUACUUAUGUCAGCUCUGCCAAAACUCUGGAUUUGAAUAUAAAAAAAAGGAACGAUUUAGUUCGAAGAGUAUUAAUUUAUUUCAUUUUAAAAUUAUGUACUCAAACUUAAUUAAAUAGCUUUGUAAUAGUUAUGUGUGUAUUGUAGAAAAAAAAUAAAUCGGUGUGGAUUUGGUGAGUUUGAUCAAAGACCGGGCGAAUGCUAAAAAAGAUCGAUGCUUGGGCCAGUUUUAUGGAAAAAAAAUACCAUUUUUGAUCAAACUGGUGAGUAACACACACAAACAAUUAUUGUACCAAACCGAAAAAAUGUUUAAUUAGAUUAUUUGGAGUGAGUUUCUAUGUAUGUAAAUGUAGGUAAAUGCUCAGGCGUAUCUAUUUCUGAGAAAGAAAAGACAAAUGAGACAAAAAUUGACCGUAUACAAUGGAAAGAUAUAGUAACCAAAACAAGAAUAUAGUGAAUUCAUCACAGAAAUGUUAAUCAUGUUAUUCAAGGGAAUCAUUGGACAUCGGAAUAAAUAUAUCAUGCAGAUAAAAUCCAUUAACGGCUGUAUGGUCAAUUAUGGCGUUGCUUUUUUCCUUUUUGGAAACUCCAACCAGUCACCACAAUUUUCUAUUCGAACUUUACAAGGCGACCAGUAAUCACAAGACAACAUAAAUAAUAAUAUUAAUGAUAAAUGAAAAGAACAGACUAAAAACGCAUCUAAUAAGAAUAUGUAUAUUGUUUAUCCAUUGAGUGUCACUAAUAAUAAUCAACAGCAAGGCAAGACAAAUAACUUAAGUCUAAAGAAUGUUAAUUUAGGAGUUAAGGCAACAAGCAAAAAAUCAACCACUUAUUAUUAAAUAAACAUAAAGUACGUAGAGAAAAAAAAUACUAUAUACAA